CUAUGCCAACUUAUCCUGAAUGUGAUGGAAUUCAAUUCAUUUCUCCUAAAGCUGAUGAAAAAUUGACAAAUAAUGAAGAGAUUCAAGUAGUUUGGAAAAGUAACAUGUAUACAUUUGUAAAUGGCCUUGACUUAUAUAAUGAAAAAGGAGAAUUUGUUAAAUCAUUAUGGAAAGAUGAUGAUAGUAUUGUUGUCGGUGCUGGUGAUGAGUAUUCGGUAAAAGUAAAACUUGAAGUUCCUUUAUGCACUCCAUUACCUGCUUAA